CCUGGAUCAGUUGGCCUAAAAAACUUGACAAACACUUGUUUCAUGAACGCCGGUUUGCAAUGUUUGUUUUGUAAUCCUGGUAUCUGUCAAUAUUUCCUCCAUGACUUCAAAAGAUUGGAGCAGAAUAAAAACACCAUUGUCGAUGCCUUCGCAGAUCUGGUGAGAAGGUGUUGGAGUGGCCAGUUUUCAGUUCUGCGUCCGUACAGGUUCAAGUCUUCCAUCUCCAGUUAUCAUUCCCAGUUUAGGGAUUAUAGACAGCAUGACUGCCAGGAGUUUCUAGCUCUCCUAUUGGACAGCCUUCAU